AUGGUUCCUCCGGGGAGAUGGGCAAUCGUGAAACCCAAGGGUCUUACUGUCGCGCCUCAAGCCCUUGUUUUGUCCCAUGCCUCACAUGAGGCUCCUACUACUGAUAUUGUUGUCACAUCUCAGAAUCAUGCGACAGCCCCAAAAUAUGUCAGUAUGUGGAGAGCUUUGGCCCCUGAAGGCAGCAGAUCACAAGCCCAACUUGAACCCCAGCAUAUGGGCUCAGUGCCCAUUAUUGAAGAAAUGUGUGACCUAGGGAACUCAGGCCCAACAAAGGACGAGCAAGUCUAUAAGGCUCUAGUUAUGAAAGGCAAAAGGAAGCUAAUGGCUGAAGGUAGGCCUGCUCAUAACUUUAAAAAGACUAAAGCUAGCUUCUGCCCUAGCCUUGGUGUUUCACUUCGCUUUUUGAAUAGAGGAAGGAGUGGAGGUCAGGCAAAGAGUAAAGGAGGAAAAUCCAAAAUCAAAGCUAGGAAUGAAACAGCUCGACCUGAGCUAGUUGCAUCUGUCUCUGGGCUGUGUGAUGUGGUGGUUAGCCCGUCGAAGGAAAUGGAGGAAGUGGAAAGGCAUCUAAACAAGAUGAACCCUGUGGAGCGAAAGAAACUCCAAGGCUGUGGUGGCUGGCCUUCAACAGCCACAAGGUGGCUUAAGCUUAUGGUGGGAACCUUGGAUGAAUAUUGGAUUGAUACUAGCAUCAGGUCUGAGUCGGAGCAUAUUUGUGGGCGUUUUUCAUGGAUUUAUGGUACUCCGUAUAGUGCUGAAAAGAUCGAAUUUUGGGAAGCUAUUGAUGAUUGGGAACGCAAAGACCAGAUUCCUUGGGUUGUUUGUGGUGAUAUGAAUGAAGUUGCAUAG